AUGUCGAAAGUUUUGUUGCCGACAAGCCAGGGCGCUAUCUACAGACCUCCCACGCCCACCAACGCCUCGAGGGAAGUGGCGCGCGGCAGGCCCGUCACUGCCUCUCCCAACUGGGCUGACCAUGUGAAAGAAAACGCCGUGGACGGUCGCAACGACACCAAGUAUCACUCGGACACCACAGGGGCGAAUCCUAAGCCAUGGCUGCUCGUGAACUUAGUGGGUUCCAUGUGGGUGAAGAAAAUUAGAGUGCUUCCCUACGUUGGCGGAAAACCAUACCGCGUUACAGACUAUCAGUUUCUACUUGGCAACGACGAGCCUCCGACCGCGAUGAACUUCAGCCAGUACGACUUGGUGGGCGCCAUCGACGGCCCCGUACCCAGGGUGGAAAAGUGGCAUGAGUUUGACGUGUCGCCUCCGCGCUGCAGCCGCUAUGUCGCCGUCUACAAACACAUCGCACGUCCUUUCGAUACCUACGUCAUGGAGGUAGCGGAACUUGAAGUCAUCGACUUGUACUAAAACACUGCCGAGAGAACGCGCAAAGAACCCCCAUGCUGAUUUCCGAGAAGCAGUAAGGGGUUUUCUUGCUGGGAAAUAUUCGCUAAUAGCAUGAAAGACAAGUUAAAUAGUGAGAAAAUGGCUUACACUUAGCACUUCUGUGCGAUCAGAGUCUAUGAACGAAAAUUAUUUAACGAUUACCACCGGAUUAUACUCAUCGAUGUCAAAUUCUGAAGUUACGAGUCACGCUACCAGCUGAAAAAUUGCAAACUGAUAUUUAUAAUUGUUUUGUGAGCUCGAUCUGCUAAUUGAAUCGUAAAAAUUAAAUAAAAAACAACAAUUAACUAAAAUUUCAUACCAAUGUCUCAUAGCGUUUCAAAAGCUCAUUAUAACUGAAUAUGCAAAGCGACGACUCGUGCAAAACAAAAUUUGCAAGUAACCCCGUAAUCUUAACCCAGAAACUUGACCUCAAAUGUCAUUUUGCUUGCUCGGGAAAAUUCCUUCUACUUGAAAAGAACUGUUAAAAGUUUUGAAUUUCAUGUAUCUGUUUGUAAUAUUUAAUUUUUUCUACCGAUUCCUCAUUCAAAGUUCAGACAGAUAAAUUUUUCCUGCGUCAAACUUUCUUACCACGAACGUCGUACUUUUACUUCUGGUUAACAUUAAGAUUUAAUUUAAAUAUUACCAUUUUAGCUUUAAAAUCUGUAGAGGGUAAAUAUCUAGCUGAUACGAAAAAAAUUUUCGAACUAUUUUAUAGAGGAGCACGAGUUGAUCACCUAUAUGCGUAAGCAUUUUCAGUAAUUAGCAUCUUCAUACUAUGUAGCAUUUAUUAAUGUUUGUGUGGGUUUUGAAACCAUAUAUCGUGGUGGAUGGUCUGUUUGAAGAGGAAAUGUCAUCGAAUUAUAUCAAUUAGAAUUUCUUCAUGCCAUCAUAUGCAUUUGAGCACUCAUCGUAAAAAUUUUAUCGUCUCACGUAGAACAUCGAAAAACCACGCAAUUCCGGUUCAAUAAUCUCGAUCGUUAACCGGCCAACCAAUAGGAGCAAGCGCAAAUUCAGUUGCAUAUAUAAC